GUAGAAAGUAACACGCGUUUUCAUACAAGCGCAUGGGAAAGCACCGUCAACACACAACAUUAAUUUGAAAAACAAAAUACGCAAACAAGAGAACGAGUGUGAGACAGCAACCAAUAUUUGAAUGUGUGUUUUAUAGUGAUUUUUUUUCGUUCUUGUAAUUUUCGCUUAAUUUCAGUUUGCUUUUGUUCCGUUCGAGAGAAAAAAUAAAUUAAUUUGGCUUGCGUUUUAUCCUAUUUUAUUUAAUUUUUUUUUCUUCGGAGAAAUCGGUUCAAUAGCUUGGCUCGCAAAAUUGGCGACAAACAUCAUCAAAUUUAAUUUCCCGCGUUGCAGUUCAGUUUUCAUUUUGACGACGACUAUUAUUAGUGUGUAAUUAUUUAUAAUUUAUUCUAAUUUAUUCGACUCACAUAAAUAUUUAUUCGUUAAGAUAAAAAAAAAACACACACACACAAUCUAAACAACAUCAAAGAAAAAAAAAACUAAUCGCUAAAAUCAAUAAAUAGAUAUCGAAUGAUAAUUGCUGUAAUUUUUCGAUUGAAAACUCUGUUUAAAGAAUGAAAAACAAAGAAAAAAAAAUGAACUAGUGAUAGUGUGAUGUUAAAGUGCGUGAAAAAACGAUGUUUGAAUUGGCCAAUGAAUGAUUUAGAAGCGCAACACUGUGUGAAUUUGAACUGAAUCCAUAACGAUACUAUUUGAAUAUUACGAUCAACGGAAAACGAUUUGUUUGAAUCAACAACAAUUUGUUGAAUGUGAGCCAAAGAUACGCAUAUAUGGAAUUUGGAAUUAAAACCAAUCGGCAAACAGCAUCUCCCAAAACAAACAAAAUAUAGUCCAAAUUAGGCAACGUAACCAAAGUUUAAUAAAACAAAACCAUGUUAAACUAAAACUAAAAGUGAAACAAAACUAAAUUUAAUUAAAUUAUGUUCUAAAAGAAAUAAACAAAAAAAAAAAAAAAAAACAACCAAGGAAAUUCGCUAGUUUCUAAACUUAUCUUAUUUAUUCUAAUUUAUUUAACUUAUUAUAACCAACCAAUCUUAUCCUUAUUCUAAUCAAUCGAAUUGUUCGAGACAUCCGAAGAACACACAAAAACACCAACGGUUCAUCAUUUUUUCUUUUUGUUUAUAAAAACACACACACACACACACACACACACACAACAUAUUUAAUUUAACUCAAUUUAAUUAAAUUAAUUUAAUUUUUGAUUGCGUUCUGAUCAAACAAAACAACCGCGCAUACCUUAUAUUCAACAAACCAAGUCUAAUUUAUUUAAUUUAAUAUCGAUUAAUAUUAGCUGCUAAUUAUUUAUACGAAUACUCGUGUGUAAAAUUUAAGUGCAUCUGCAUAUUUUGUGCAGAGAAAAAGUUUUAUCGGUCGAAUUUUAAGCCAGGAUCUUUAUGUUACGAUUGGCUAAAGAAAGUGAGUUACAAAGUAAUAACCAAAAAAGGAAAGGUUUUGAUUUUAAAUUGUCGAUUCACAAACAACUCAAGCGCACCGCAAACUAUAUAUACAAAUAAAAUUUUAAAACACACAAACACACAAUAAAUAGUACAAAUCAACCAACUAUUUUAUAACAUAUAUACAAAUAACAAAACAUAAAAAAGGCUAAACGAAAUAGUUUUAUAAAAUAAAAGGACAUAAAGUCUGAAGCUUAAACCAAAAAUUACAGCCUCGUCAAGAGUUUAAAAACACAUACUCAGAAAAUUACACUGUUUCAACAUACCAAAUGCAUAUUUUUUGACAAUAAAACGAAAAUUUGCGGAAAUUUAAGAUUAGUGUGAAGGAUAACAUAAAAAAAGAUUUAAUAUUUUUGCCGGACAACCGCAAUCAACGGACGUCACCAACUACGCCGCCGCUACCGUCAUCACAACCAACAAUCAACUAGAUUUAUGUUUUUAAAAAAAGAGAAACAAAACGUUUUACAAUAAUAUUAGCUAAUAGAAGGAUAAAGAAGAAAAAUCCAAAUAGCAACACAAGUGUCCCAGACAAAAUACUGAAGUACAAAGCAAAUAGUUCAAAAUUUUAAGCAACUACUCAAACGAAAUAAUCUACAAUCAACCACGUGUUCACACAAGCCCAUAACAUUAUUUACAAAGUAAUCAAAAGUGAAACUCAGCGCCACAAAGAAUAAAACAAUUCACCAUAAACACAAACAAAAAAACCAAGUAAUUUAGAAACGUUAUUCUUAUGACUAAAAAAUUUUAAACACUGAAAGUUUUAUUCAUUCAAUAUCGUAACGAAACAAAGGGAGAGAGAGAGAUACAUAAAAAAAAGAGUUUAUUUUCGAUAAAAAAGAAGAAAUAAAUUUCAAACGAAGUCAGUUACCCGUUAUAUCAAAAAAAUAAUAAAAUAAAAAUACACGAAGAGAAUAAAAUCCUGUUAUAUAGAAUCCUGUUAAAUUUACCACUAAAUAAAAAGAGGCUAAGGCAAAAAUAGCACCCAACCUAGAAACGGACACUAUUUUUUGAUGCGAACAUUUAUCUAGAUCGUUAAAUUAAACCCACAAAUUAAAUGGGCUAAUAAAGCAUUGUGUGGCUUGAUUAGUGUAAAUACAAGUGACAAGUAAUAGAACGAUUGAACGAUUAUCUACCUCUACGAGGAAAUCAGUGUACAAAUUAAUUAGAAAAUCUAAACAACAAGAAAAAAUAUCACUCUCAUCACAUGCAACGUGUUGAAGAAACUAACUCAUUUUAAAACAAAACUAAAAAAAGAAACAAAAAACAUUUGAAAGACUGAAAACAGUGAAACAAAAUCAAUAAAUUACCGAGAGAAAGAGAAACGAAUCAUCACUAUUGAAUUGGGUGCGUCCAUUAAAAAAAAUUUUUGCAAUGGAUUUUGUUCAUAAUGGAUAAUGUCAUCAAUGAUGAGCAUACAGACAACCGAAGACGGCACUGAUACAAGUUUACCAUCGUUUUCGACAUUUACCAGCGAACUGGAUCCAACGUGGGACUAUUACGAUCGAGAUCGAUCCGGUUCCGAUGUAAUUACAUCACAGAGCAAUAACUAUACACGACCGUGGGAAAUGGAAACGAAGGAGAAAGGUUUCGAGCCAUUCUCGAAACUUCCAUCGUUUCAAUCACAAUUUCACAGCUAUGCUGAAUCAAAUAUGAUGCCAGAACCAAGUCUGCCACAGGUAACGCCUGUGCCAGUACCGAUGUCACCAAAUUCGGCGGCAAAUGCAUCGCCCGGCGGAAAUACAUCUUUGACACAACUGACGCCAAUAAAUCCACUUCAAACGGGCUUAACACCAUUAUCAAGCCCAAGUUUUCACACAUUGACCGCUGUUAAUUCGCGCCCAUAUGUGUAUCCACUAGUUCCAGCACCAAUUCAAGCGCGUGAUAUUCCAACCAUUCAACAACAGUAUUUGGAUGAGCGUCAUAUUCAAUUGUAUCAACCGAUUACAACUUAUGCAGCACCACCACCGCCACCACAAAAUGUGGUUACCGUUUUGAAAAGUGAACCAGCCAAUUAUGAAUUAAAAAAUGGACUUCAUCACACAUCAUUCCAAAAUCCAAUGAUCGAAAAUGGUUUCGAUCAUAAUAAUGGCAAAAUUGAAAAGUCCGAUUCACCAAUGCGACACAACAGUAAUGGUGAAUUGAAAUUCUCUGUUAAAUCAACAGAUGCGCGUAAAAAGGAUCGAAGAAAAAUGCGUGCCAGUUCGUUAGAAUCGAGCACUGAAAGCGAAAGCAGUGCAAUGGAGACCGGCGAAGGCAAUUCGGGCCAAGUGGCUGCAGUCUCAAGUACGGCCAGCUUCAAAAGUCCAGCAAUUGGAAUGGGCGAAGAAGAAACAAAUGGCGAAAAACAGACAAAAAAGAAACGUAAGCGUUGCGGUGAAUGCAUCGGUUGUCAAAAGAAAGACAACUGCGGCGAUUGUGCACCGUGCCGUAACGAUAAAAGUCAUCAGAUUUGCAAGCAACGUCGUUGCGAAAAACUGACCGACAAAAAAGAAAUUGCCCGGCUGAAACGAGAAAAACUCAAUAAACAGAUCUACGGUGCCGAUGGAUCAUUGCUACGUGCGGAAUCACGUCGCGGUCGCGGAAAAGGACGAGGCGGUGGUGCUAGCUCACGCGGAAGAAAGGUAAAUUCUGGAGCCGCCGUAUCGCCUCGAGCUCAGCCAAGUACUACUUCAUCGAUCAGUCCUGCACCAGCAGCUGUACCACAUCCAUCUCCAAACACUGCUCCAACCGCAACAACUUUAGUGUCCAGCAACGGAACACCAACCUCAAGUGCUCCGCCGCAAGUGACUACACCACAAUAUCCUCAACAGCAUCAGGCAGUGAUAUCACCACAAGUUCCACCAACUACGACAGGCUUAGAGCAACACUCACAUCCUUCGCAUCCACAACAAUCAGCUCAACAGCAUCACAUUCAACAAGCUCAACAGCCACAACAACAAGCAGCUCAACCUAGUCAAAUGAAGGAAGCACAACAACAACCUAUGAGAAUACCAUUGGAAUUCAAAUUCUUUUGCAACGUUGUACAAAAAUUUAAAUUAGUUUUACUCAAUUACAAUCGUCGUCUAUUAAUUAAUCGUAUUUUAUUUUGUAAUAUUACGCCACGUACCCGAUUGUAUCGAGCGAAAAUUGAAAUGUAA